UCAUUCAUUUUAUUCCUGAUCGUCAACAAAAGUAGAAGUGCACUUAAAUUCAGUGAAAGAAUCUUUCUUUGUUCAAUCGAGUGAUAAGAAAUGAAACUACUCAUCGUAUUCGCAGGCCUGAUAGCCUUUGUAGCCUGUCACCAUCCAUUGUCGGACGAAUUUAUUCAUGAAAUCAAUGAAAAAGCAACAACAUGGAAGGCUGGUCGAAACUUCCAUCAAGAUUUUGACGUGAGUGACCUUAAAAGAAUGAUGGGAGUUCAUCCAGACGCGAAAGACUUCCGUUUACCGGAGCUUGUGAUGGGUGAAAGAUCAGCAAGCUUUGAUGAUUUGCCUGAGAAUUUUGAUUCUCGUGAAAACUGGCCAAACUGUCCAACGAUCGGUGAGAUUCGUGAUCAGGGAAGUUGUGGAAGCUGCUGGGCUUUCGGUGCUGUUGAAGCAAUGAGUGAUCGUGUAUGUAUCCAUUCAAAUGGCACUGUAAACUUCCAUUUCUCAUCUGAACAUCUUGUGACUUGUUGUCACACUUGUGGCUUCGGAUGCAAUGGAGGCUUCCCUGGCUCAGCAUGGAGUUAUUGGGUACGUAAGGGAAUUGUAAGUGGUGGACCUUACAACUCAAGCAUUGGUUGUCAACCAUAUCAAAUUAAACCAUGUGAGCAUCAUGUCAACGGAACAAGAUUGCCAUGCAGUGGUGAAGGAUCAACACCAAAGUGUCAAAAUAAAUGCACGAAUGCUCUCUACAAAGUUGACUUCAAAGCUGAUAAACAUUUUGGACAGAAAAGUUAUUCAAUAAAGCGGGAUGAGAAUCAUAUUAAGCAGGAAAUCUUUGAGAAUGGUCCAGUUGAAGGAGCUUUCACUGUUUACGAGGAUUUCGUUCAAUACAAGUCGGGAGUUUAUCAACACGUUACUGGCAAGGCUCUCGGUGGACAUGCAAUUCGUAUUCUUGGCUGGGGAGUUGAAAAUGGUAACAAAUAUUGGUUAGUUGCCAACAGCUGGAACAGUGAUUGGGGCGACAACGGUUUCUUCAAGAUCUUACGUGGUUCAGAUCAUGUCGGAAUCGAAUCACAAAUUUCUGCUGGAAUUCCAAGGUAAAAGAAUUUUUAAGACAGGAGAACAUUCAUCAAUCGAUUUUAUUUUAAAAUUUCCUUGCAAAUGAGGCUUUCAAUAGAUCAAAAUAAAAAUAUUUCUGUCAUUGAUAUGAAAUA